UCCAGUGACACUGGAAUCCUCGUAAAAUCGACUGACGACUCCUUUACUCGUACGCCAUGCCGCGGAAGCGCGACCGGGCAGCGGGCAAUGGCGCUCUCGACGCGUUUGGCUUACUCAUGAAUCCCCGAAACAGUAAGAAACCGAGUGCCGCGAGCAGUCGCUUCGUCGUUUGCCCCGCGGGGUGUGGCAAGCAUGUUCCGUCCAGCAAUGUCAAUUUGCAUUUGGAUAAAUGUAUACGAGCUCAAAAUAUUUGUGAAAGGGAAGGAUCGUAUAUCGGACGAGAGGACACGGUAAACAAAGUGGAGGCUGUUUCUGUGGAAAUAGGAAAACCGUCUCAUCCGAUGGAGACGGCUGCCUUAACCGAGCAGACGUCUACGUCUACGCAUUCAUUGCCUCGAAACACAAUAGAAGAAGACCAAGAAAUUGCGACGAAUAAAACCGAUUCAGUCAACUCUGCAUUUUUACCAAAAAUGGUGCCAGCGGAAAUAGCUGGGCGGUCUCCGCAGCGGAUCGAAAACAAAACCAUUGUCAAACCGACUACUACUGAAGACACGCCCAGCAACUACCCAGCUCCCGAUAACGGAGACGAAGCGUUUGCAACUAAAUUUGGUACACAACAGACUUCAGAGGAAGACCAAACAGAGCACCGGACUUACCAAGUGACCCCGGACAGUGCGGAACGACCACCGCAGCCAAAAACUAAAGUCCCAAACGUGUUCUCCCACAUGAUGAACUCCUCGAAAGCUACCUUCUCACGACCUAAACCAACAAAGCAAGUGCUACACUUGAGCCAAGAUGGUAGUAUUUCCUUAUUGUUUGAUACUUCGGACUCUCCUGGUCCCGUAGCUUGGUCCGCCAUUGUACUUGUCAAGACACGAACGUCACAUGAUGAAGACGCGUUAACAUCGUCUCCGGAGCAUCCCAAAAUUGUUCAAGUAACACUUUCAACGGCCAUUCCCUCGUAUCCUGACAUUGAACCAUCACAUAGAUGGGUCCGUAGACAUUCGCGCUUGUCUGUCCCUGUGCUGAAAUCUAUUUUGCAAAAGGCGGUUCGCCGACGUAAACCCUUGCCAGCUGUCAAGGUUGCUAUGGAGCUGAUUGAUAAGAGUUUGGGAGAGCUGCUCCGAAGAUUGCCCAUUAUCGCUAUUGAAGAUUCAACCUUACACCCCGCCCUUCCGUUACUUGUGUGGCUCAUGAUGGCACAUUCGAAAGAUUACGUCCUGAACCCUCAGCUAUGUCGACAGGUUCUACAAAUUGUUUUUGAAAUUGCCGGCUGUCCGUACAAGGAUCCAUUACCCUACUCUACGGAAGGUGAUACUGUACAUUCAAGAAUAUCAUUGUCGAGCCUGGAUUCGGGUGACGAUGUACUUAUAUGGGCCUUGCUAGCUCGUGCCGAGUAUGGAGGUAUGAAAGGUGACGUCCUUAUGCUACAGCAAUACGCCAACGCGUGGAGACAACGUAUGGGCGAAGUAUCAUCAACUGCCCCCACCACACUGGUGCAGCAAUUACAUCUGCCAAAGCCACAUGUGCCUGUUACUUGGCAAAAUGUUCCGCAUAUAGUUCACGAAAGCGCACACAAACAAGCUUUGGAGCGCAUUGGAUUGCUGGGUAUUGAAAUGCUGGAGAUCUCGGAUUUGACGUUGGAAGGCGUUGAUUUUCACUGCUCGAAUAUUUUGGAUGAAUUGGCAAACGACUGUCAUUUGGUAAACGUGUGUCACGAUUUGUUACUUCUAUCAUCGUCAGGCGAGAAGAUGCCGGCCGGAAUGGUGGACUUUCGUUCUUGGUUAGUAGGAUUUUGGAAGUCUUGCAUGUGGAUGUACAGCGCUGGAGUCAAUCGACGCCGAAAUUUGGUGACAUUGGUACAGCCUGACAACCAGGGUGACAAAGCUGUACCCUCUGGAUCGGCUAUGUGGAACGAGCUACUGGCCCCGAGAGUGCAAGAAUUCCAACAAAAUUACCUUCAACAACGUCUGGUGAGAAAACACGAGCUGGACACCAAGUAG